AUGAGCCUGCCGCUGUCCUUUGUGGCUUAUUACUCCUUAGCUCCUCUCCUAGAAAAAACGGAAGGCCAGCACUUCGAAGAAUUUUAUGACAACGUUCGUGCGAAAUUCAUUGCGGUCAUUGAUGUUCGCAGAAGCCUCUUUCGUCAAAGGCUGAGUUCAUCCCGAAAUAAAGUCACUGAGAGUUUUCCGGAAAACGCCCUCCAAUUCGUCAUACAUAUACUCUCACAUUGUUCGGUCUUUAAAGCGUUCGACGACGCUGAAAGCUUGAAGCAAGUUGGCAAAUGUUUGUGGUUCGCCCUGCAUCCAUUUACCGUCAAGUCUGCCGUCGGAGUCAAUUAUGAUUUCAUGUACAAUCUGUUUCAAGCGAUCAAACAAACGCAGGAUCCUGACAGUGAGAGUCGUCAUGAUCAUAACAAGAAGAUGUGGUCAUUAUGCGAUCUUGCUCUCUUAUAUUUGAAUAAUCGUUGCCCGAACAUAACCUUGGGCAAGAGUGCGCAGGGUCACGUAAGACUGUCGCAACGAUUCUUCAAGCAAUUUUUCAAGACGGAAAAGAACGUCACCGUGUAUUUGCCACAGUCCCUUAUCGAUGAUGAGGUAAUGCGUAAAACGACAGAGGUCAGAGGCAGGAUUUCGAAUUUGUCUGAGUCUUCAAAAGAAAACUUUGAAGUAACCGACUCGGCGAUACCGGCCGCGGAAGUAAAGUCCAAAGACAAAUCGAACUUUCAGAAAUCAGUACAGUUGAAUACACUGAAUACUCGAUCUGCUGCUAACGAAAAAAGAAGAGGCUCGACUAGUUCACAAAGCACUGAACUGAGAGUUGGCUCAGUCAGUAAAGAAUUAACGGAACCGAUGUCUGUCAUUGAAAACCUGCCGAGAUCUACAUCAGAAGUGUUGGAUGAAAGAACUUCAUUGGAACAGUCUUCCUUUAAGCAGGUGCAAGUUUACGACAAAUCUCAAAAAUCCAUGCGUAUAGUGAUUGAACGAGUGGACACAGACAAAGUCUUGAAAAGCCUACGUUCUGCCAACUCCUUCGAUUCGCAACGUUGUUCAACUGGCGGUGUCGAAACUCCGCCAGCCGGUUUGUCUCCGGAAUUGACAUUGGUCAAAAUUGACACCGAAGCGUCAUUCAGUGAUGCAGCAGAACAAGAACACCUAGGCAAACAUUUCAUCAGUACGGAUCCGGCUGACUCCAAUAGAAGUUCUCUGACAUCGCAAACUACCGUUUAUGAAGAAAGCGCUGUACAUUCUUUAUGCAGCUCACGCGUUUUGGAACAGAGCUUCCCGAAACACAUCAUGACCAUGGCUCAGCGACAUCUGAUGCUGAAUAUGAAGGCAUACAAAUCGUCAGCGAUCCGUCCGAAACGCGGUCUAGCAAAGAACCUGUUAAUCGUUCCUGCCGAUUUGGUCGAAAAGGCCGAAGAAAGCGCGUAA